AUGGCCUGUGUGAUGGCUCUAACUGUGUUUUCCAUCCUUAAAAGGGGUGACAUGCGUCGUUUGUCCAAUUUGUUGCGCAAUCAUGAUGGCAGGCCGCACAACGCCUGCCACUGCCUGGACUACGUGCCCCAAAAAGACCAUGCAAGUCCAUGUCCAAGUUCCAGGUCUUUUACUGAUCGGGAAGGAAGUGGCGCUAGGCAAAUCGUUGACGAGACGGACACGGCUGGCAUAACAUAUCCAUUCUAUUGUGCCCUCGAACCUUUCCUGCCGGGAUGCCCACUGGCUCCUACAACAGCAAAGACAACUCCUGAACCGACAACACCGACAACAACAACCGUGGAGACUACAACAGUAAAGACGACUCCUGAACCGACAACUCCGAAAACAACCACCGUUAAGACUACAACGGUAAAGACAACACCUGAGCCGACAACUCCGAAAACAACUACAGUGAAGACUACAACAGUAAAGACGACUCCUAAACCGACAACUCCGAAAACAACCACCGUUAAGACUACAACAGUAAAGACGACUCCAGAGCCGACAACUCCGAAAACAACUACAGUGAAGACUACAACAGUAAAGACGACUCCUAAACCGACAACUCUGAAAACGACAACCGUUAAGACUACAACGGUAAAGACGACUGCAGAGCCGACAACUCCGAAAACAACUACAGUGAAGACUACAACAGUAAAGACAACUCCCAAGCCGACAACUCCGAAAACAACUACAGUGAAGACUUCAACAGUAAAGACAACUCCUAAGCCGACAACUCCGAAAACAACUACUGUGAAGACUACAACAGUAAAGACAACUCCUAAGCCGACAACUCCAAAAACAACUACAGUGAAGACUACAACAGUAAAGACAACUCCCAUGCCGACAACUCCGAAAACAACAACAGUGAAGACUACAACAGUAAAGACAACUCCCAUGCCGACAACUCCGAAAACAACAACAGUGAAGACUACAACAGUAGAGACAACUCCCAAGCCGACAACUCCAAAAACAACUACAGUGAAGACUACAACAAUCCGACAACGUUACGACCAACCACGAGACCAUCAACUUCUACUACUCCUAGGGGCCAACAUGACAUCCAUAAGCACCAUCACGUUCAUUAUCAUGAUUCUUAUGAUCCUGGCUGGCCGCUCCUUCCGCUGCCAGCGCUUCCUCCUCUGCCAGAACUUCCUCCUCUCCCAGCGCUUCCUGUUCCACCAUUUGCGUUGCCUCUGCCUCUACCAUUUCCUCUUCCGCUUCUAUUGCCGCUAUUGCCAAAGGUAA